AUGCUUGCCCAGUCUGCCCAGGCUGAUCCCAUUGAGAGGAAUUAUUUUGGUACCAAGAACACAUUCCUCCCGUUCCCGUCCAUACGUGGGGAGAAAUGGCAAAUGCCUCUCUGUGUGACAGAGCCCCAAAAUGAGCGGGCCUGCCACCCUGUAUCUCUACAGAAGCUGCCUCUGAUCCUGCCUGUUGGUACAAAACAGGGCACCACACCUGAGGGCUGCUCAAGAAAGAUCCAAGAAGUUCAAGGCUGCGGGCGGCCGGCGCGGGGCGCGGGUAGGAGGAGCGGCGCCGCCCCCGGGGUAUUUAACCUCAGUCUGGAGCCCGGGGGGCGCGGGGCGCGGGGCGCGGGACGCACCCGCUCCUCCCAGCUCGCGCCUCCCCUGCCUCCUCCCCGCUCUCUCCCGGCGCGCCCCACCCUCCGCCCCGCGCUCGCCUCGCGCGCAGGCACCGGCCGGCGGGCGCGGGGAGCGGGGCGCGGGCGGCGCUCGCCUCUGCGGAGCCGCCCCCUGGCCGCGGCCGCCGCGCACUGCCCAGCCCGCGCCGCCCGGGCUGCUGCCGCCCGGCUGUCGGCACCGAGUGCGCCGCGGCAGCUCCAGCCCGGACGCCGACCCGAGCGCCCCGCAGACGGGCGGUGGGCAGCUGCGGACGCCCGGCCAGCAGCCCGCAGCAUGGAUUCGGAUUCCGGCGAGCAGAGCGAGGGCGAGCCCGGGACCGCCUCAGGUCCCGACGUUUUUAGUUCAAAGAGCCUUGCCCUUCAAGCCCAGAAGAAGAUUCUGAGCAAAAUAGCCAGCAAAACCAUGGCCAACAUGUUGAUUGAUGAUACCAGCAGUGAGAUCUUUGAUGAGCUCUACAAAGUCACCAAAGAGCACACCCACAACAAGAAGGAAGCCCACAAGAUCAUGAAAGACUUAAUCAAGGUGGCGAUCAAAAUUGGGAUCCUCUACCGGAACAACCAGUUCAGCCAAGAGGAGGUUGUUAUCGUGGAGAAGUUCAGGAAGAAGCUGAACCAGACCGCCAUGACCAUUGUCAGCUUCUAUGAGGUGGAAUACACCUUUGAUAAGAAUGUGCUCUCCAAGCUCCUACAUGAGUGCAAGGACCUGGUGCAUGAACUGGUGCAGCGACACCUGACGCCCAGGACCCACGGGCGCAUCAACCACGUCUUCAACCACUUUGCCGAUGUGGAGUUCCUCUCUACACUUUAUAGUCUGGAUGGAGACUGUAGGCCCAACCUCAAGAGGAUUUGUGAAGGAAUCAAUAAAUUGCUAGAUGAGAAAGUCCUUUGAAUGCUUUCCCUCCUUCUGGACUUUGCUGUGUUCAAGUUACAGCAUCCAACAUGGUCCCAGUGAGAGUCAAGAAAACAAGAAGAAACCCUUGUCGAAGAUGCCCAUGUUCUGUCCUGUUCAUCCCUCUGAUGUUGAUGCCAAAUUGAGCUUGGGUGUGUUUAUCCCCUGAGCUCACUGAUGAGCUCACUUAACAUCACCUUUGUUUGCAAGCCCAAAAGACAUUUCAUCUACUGUAAGCAGAAGG